CAUUAUUUAGUAUUACAGAAAUAAUAUCGGACCAAAUAGUCACUAGGAGGAACACAGGAUGAAGUGGGUAAUUUGUUUAUUUGUUGUUUACAGUGCAUUGGAUUCUCACUUUGUUGAUUCGGUACUGGUAAAUACACCCCUUGGGUCUAUAUUAGGUACAGUAAAACAAUAUGGCACCAGAAACGUUUUCCAGUUUUUAAAUGUUCCUUAUGCAGAGCCUCCCGUUGGUUUAUUACGGUUCCAGAAACCAGUCCCGGUAAGACCCUGGGUUGGUAUAUUGAAUGCUACUGCGUACGGACCAGCUUGUGUCCAAAGUCAGUUACCAAUUCACCAAAUGAGUGAAGAUUGCUUAAAACUGAAUAUUUAUAUCCCAAACAACAUAGAUAUACGAUCUCCACGUGCUGUUAUGGUGUAUAUACACGGCGGAGGAUAUGUUAAUGGGCAAGGAAAAUCCCAAGAUGGUGCGUUGUUGGCGCUCACCGGUGACGUUAUAGUUAUUACUAUUAAUUAUCGCUUGGAUGUGUUUGGGUUCCUAGGAACAGAGUAUUCGGAACUACCUGGAAACUAUGGAUUAUGGGAUCAACGACAGUCGUUCUUGUGGGUAAGAAACUACAUCGCUGCUUUUGGAGGAGAUCCCAGUCUUGUGACCAUUUUCGGAGAAUCAGCAGGAGCUUACAGUGUGGGUCUUCAUCUUGUAUCCAACCAGAAUAUCGGUCUCUUUAACCGCGCUAUAUGUGAAAGUGGAACCACUUUAUCACCCCGAGCUCUGGCUUUCGAUCCUAUUGGCUUUUCAAGGAGAUUUCUAAUCCAGAUUGGUUGUUUUCCAGGUGGAAAUGUCAGGAAUAUAUCCAUGUGUUUAAUAUCUAAACCUGCUGUUGAUAUUCUUAUAGCGUCAAACAUAGCCAAACAAGAACAUUUUCUUGCGUUUAGACUUGAGAUAGGGCCUGUGGUCGAUGGCGACUUUUUACAAAAACAACCAUCCCAGUUACUAACGGCUGCGGACAUUCCGUUACCGAAUGUGGAUUUAAUGGCGGGAACGAAUAGUGCUGAAGGAAUUUUGAUAUUAGGACCAUUGUCUGGCUACCAGAAUCAACUUCAAAUGGAUUUAAGACAGGGAAUACCCACCAGGGUUCUAUGUUUCAACAUCUCCACGGCUAUAUCUAGGGAUUAUUAUUUGAAUUCCCCUCUUGUAGCAAGUGAAAUAUGUCAGACGUAUUCCAGCGCUGGAUUACCAGAUGAUCAGCAAGCUAGGCAGGUCGUAGACAUGUACGGGGAUAUGUCCUUCCUUGCACCAACUGUAGCUAUCUUAGAUGUCCAUACACAACUGAGUAAGGGGCGAUCAUCCUAUCAAUAUUAUUUUACACAUGAAGCUGUAUCUAGUACCAUUAGAGUUAACUACCCCUGGUUUGUUGGUGUUCCUCAUGCUGGUGAACUGCCAUUUGUAUUUGGUCCUGCCAUAUCAUUUCCACCAGGUACCACAUACACACAGGCUGAAGUGGAAUUUUCUAACAAGCUGCAGAUUUACUGGACAAACUUUGCAAAACGCGGGAAUCCAAAUGGCUUACAUAUACAAUCAUGGACCAGAUAUUCUACUGCUAAAAGUUUUAUCAAUCUCGACCUUGUCAUGUCUCCAGGCAACCACAUAUUUCCCAAUCGCAUGAAAUUGUGGUUAUCCAAAAAUCCAGUGGCAUUUCCAAUUGUAGGAUAAACGCCCAGAGUAAAGAAGUGUUGAAAACCAAGUUUUACACGUGAUAGAUAUGUAUUAAUCCGUACGGUUUUCUGUUCGUGCAGUGCGACCAUUCUGUUAACAUUAAUAUAACAUAAUUAUAAUAGGUGCUUUAAAUAAUUUCUGUGAUUGACAAGUUGGCUUACAAGACACAAUAUUUAGAUUAUUAUUCCCUAGAUCUCGUGGUUAGGGAGCCAGUGCCUUACCCACUCAAGAAUCGUGUCUUCUCGUUUUGAUCUUGUCAUAAUCAACCGAUAUAAAUAUUGAAUGGGUUUGACUAUCUCAAUUGAAUUUCUACACCAUGUUAAUUGAAUAUAAGAAUGUGAGGUUGAUAUUGUGUAUGCUUUCCAUUAUUCAUGUAUGAUUUCUUCCUUAUCCUUUAUUCUCAAAUCAUGAAUAUUCACCAAAUCUAGGCAGAAAAUGGAAAUUGUAUUAUUCGAUUCUACAUCGAAACGUCAACAAAAAUUUCCAUGCAAAAUCCGGGAAAGUGAAAAUGGGAGACUUCCUAUAAAUAGAUGAAGUACAUUAUUUAAUAAUCUCACUCGUAUAUUCUGAUAUUUUGCCCACGAAAAUGUGGCGUACACAUCUGCUAACUAUGUUUAAUAACCUGUUGAUAUACUGAUUAAUGUCUUACCUACACCAGAACAAACAAUCACGAGAAAUAACCAUAUCAACAUCUUCUCUGGAUUAUUAAUAAAUUGUUGUACAUGUAGUAGUCUGGUUUAUUUGAUAUUGAAUACAAGAUAUUAUAACAUUAUAUUUAUUACAUAUACAUGUAUUAUAUUUUAUUGGCAUGUGGCCACUAUUCACUUCCUUUUAUACACGACUAUUAGAUAAGUCAACAAAAGAACACAUACAAAUCUGGUUUGAAUUAAAUUGAAUGCCAAUAUGUUAUAAUUUCGUCAAGUCAUAAUAUACCUAUAUUAUAUUGAACUAAGAGAGAGAGAGACCCUAAUUUAAAUAGCUCUUAUAUGGUUUGUGUCAUAACUCAAACAAUCCCAGAAAGUGUAAAAAUCCCUUAGUGAUUUUAGAAUGUUCGGCAGAUCAAAGUGAGGAUAACGCUACUACAUUAAUAAUAUACUACAAUUAUAACAUUCCAGCGUGUACAGAUUAUAACAUAUUAUUAUUGUUUAUAGAAAAUUCAAAUCAAGCAAUAUCAGUAAUAUUUUCUACAGGUAGUUCUAUAGGAUGUCGUCUUGUAUCAUCAAUAGGUGCUGAUAAAAUAAUACUAUGAUUAGACAUAGUAUCACCAUCAGCACAUAAACAUGUUUUUAUUUCAUAAGAUGCUUCCUCCAGUAAUUCAUUUACACUUAUAUCAUCACCUAAUAAAUUCACAGAUUUUCGAAGACCUCUGGAGUUGCUGUCUUUUAUCACAGGAACAUUAUUUUCCUUUGCACUGUCAUCUGUCAUUUCUGAGACAUCAUGACCAUUAGUAGUUUUAAUGUCUUGAUGCGGUUGAUAAGCCUCACUUAGUUCCAAAUCAUUUGGAUUAUUUGCUUGAUGAUCGUUAUUACGAAGUCUUAGGAUCUCACCUGGUGUUUCAGGACUUUCGCUCUUCCUGUGUCGUUUUCGUCGUUUCUUUUGGUGCUCUAUUGUGUUGAUUUCACCGCGAUUGGUUGUAGUCCCAGGAAAAAAAACUAGCUGCCCUAAACCCUGUUUGUGGCUGUGGUUUUCUCUUGCUCCUUCCUUUAUUUCAGUGGGACAAGAUUGAGCUUCAUGACCUGUAGCAUUACAGUCAUUACCAACGCCAACCUCAUUACAUUGAUAUGUUAAUUUUGAUUUGGCAUCCUCAAGUUUAAUAUCUCUUACUUCAUCAUUAUCAUCAUCAUCAUCAUCAUCAUCAUCAUCAUCCUCGUCAUCAACAUGGUCGCUGUGCUUUUCUUGUCCUUCGCUAACAGACGAUAACACGAAUUCAGAGUUCACAUGCUGACGAGAAUUAGAUUCAUCAAAUGCUGGAUUGUUAAAACCCGUCCCAUUGUUAUUCUCAAGUCGUUUUCUUUGAAUCCACCGUCUAGAAUAAAGAAAAUAAGUAUUUGGAAAUAUUCUCAUUAUUUGGAAGUAUUAAAGAUUUUAGAUAAUUAUAUUGGAAGUAUCAAUACAAAACUGUUAAAAUUACCAUGUAGUGGUGUUCAUUUCAGAAAGUUUUCAACAAACCUUUUCUAUUAUGUAUCCUUACCUGAGAAAGAAGAGUACAAUAACAAAAACAAUGGUGAAGACAAUUAAAAUACCAAGCACUACACCCAAUAUAAUCUGUAGGGAGUCACGACCUGAAAUAAAUAAUAUCUUAUAUUAAGUAAACAAAUCUCUAUAAAACAAAGGAUUGUUUUAAAUAUUAAUAAUUGUUAUCUCUUUUUUUAUUAUGUCUAAUGCAAUGUACUUAAUUGGAUGAUUGUGUAUGUAUAUCAUUUAAUGUAAUAUAUUACAAUUUGUCUGCCUCGACAUUAAAACCUGUGCAGGACUUGGCUGUUUGUGGAUCAAAAAUCUGCAUCCUUCAAAUAUUUUAGUUUAUGUUUUGCUGAAUAAUUAUAAAUUAUUAAGUACCUGUGGUUUGCUAUACCUGUUGUUAGAGAUGUUUGCGCUUACCUUUGUUAUUAGAUUUCUGAUAUUUUCUAUUAUAUCUUAUUGAUGAUAAACCGUGUUGAGAAGUCGAUGUGAUGUCACCAUUCUGUCUAUUAUAAGUAGUAAUUGGUAAUGUUGUUGUUGGUAAUGUUGUAGUUUUACUUUGGGAAGUAGUUGAUGGUAGCUCAGAUAUCGAAGAUACAUUUUCUUUUUAAAAAAGAGAAGAGAUAUAGUCCCCUUUAAUGCAUUUAUAGUUCAAUUCAGCUGCUACUAGCACAUUGUAAUAUUGACACCAGGUUCUGGUGUAGAAAUGGUACAAUAUAAACUUUGAAAACAUUUAGAUUUUUCCUCCGGUGCAUUCAGCUUUGUAGAUAUCUAUUUCAAUAAUAUAACUUAUUGUACAGUUGUUUCUGGUAUUUUCACAGGAAGUAUUUGAGUUUAUCCUACGGUAAAAAAUACUCAUUACAUAUAUUAACAAGUCCCCUGGGAAUUGUAACUCAACCGUACGUGAUUGUUUGAACGGCACAUUUGAGUACCAACUUUAAACCAACAUAAAAUAUGACGCUAUAUGAAAUUAUAGAAAGUUCAAAUUGGUCACGCUAAUAGGCAUUUAUCUAUUUCAGUAUACACCUCAAUAAGUUAUUCCACAAGAUGCUUUAAGUACGCUAAUUUGUCUACUGAAAAAAACAUUACAUCCACUACAGUUGUAGUAAUCCACUCAGAAUUAGACCCCUGACAAGUACCAUUGGCAUCCGAAAUUCUUACAAGAUAAUUAGAUAUUUGUCAAUCGAUUAAGUUGCAUGUGUUUUAGACAACGUUAUUGACCAUUUUUUUUUAAAAAACUCGGUGGAAUUGUUCAUAAGGGUCUAGACUUUUUUUUUCAGGAACGUUUUAAAAUUUGAUACUUGUGAAGGCGCUGAAGGCCAAAGUUCUCGAUGCAUAGUUUUUGCGUUCAAAUACCUGAAAUUUUGCGAACAUGUGUGCUUCUUUUUUGCGGGACAGACCGAAAAAAACUUGGAAUUUCCGAAUGCAUACUUUGAACUCAAACCACAGAAAUAUAAUUCCAUUUAUACUGUAACUGUAAAAUACCCGUGAAUUGUAUUUAGAUUUUAGAACAUAACGAGAUUGCAUAAUUAGGUACUACAAUCAAGAAUCUAAUCAACUUUACUGUUGAUAGGUGUAUUAGGGGGUCUGAACACAUUGGUCUGUUGAAAUCAGAGGUAGACCCAUCCAUUUGUCACAUAAAGAAGAUUCUCAACCUAUUAAUGUAAAUAACCCAUACGUCCGAUAUACAGUUACACAAAGUUAGUUUGAAUUGAAUUAUAACUCACCUGUCCUACAGAAAUGUAAAUAUAUCAAUACCGAUAUCAAACCCUUCAUUAUCUACCAACGCUUUCUUCGUCAAAAAUUAAAUGCUUCUCCAGAAGAAAAUUGUUAAUUAUGCUUGAAUAUUUAAAAUGAUUGUAUCUCAUUGUAGUUUAAAUGUUGCAUGCCUGUAUUUUAUAACGCCAUAUUGAUGUUUUAUAAAUAUCAAGUAUAUACAUGUUUAUCUAUUGAUACCUAUAUAAAGUUCGUUCAAUAAAGGUAUUGAAUGAA